UACCAAUAUACACAUAUACAUAUUAUGUGUAUAUGUGUAGUACAUGUGCAGUCAAUACAUUCAAACACAGUUUCUGCUGAGUCGUCGCUGACAUCUAGUGGACAAUUUAAACAUUACAACCUUCAUAUGAAGACAACACUUUGUCACCUCACAGACAGAAGGUUGAAUCCUCUCUAGCUUCUGUCCAGUUAACAGUAUUGGAUCAGAACCCGCUGAUCCACCGUGUCACAGUGACUGUAAGAUGUCUGACAGUGACUCAGCAGGAAGAAAACUGCUGUCAGUGGACUUUGAAAUCUUCGGUCACGUUCAGGGCGUUUGCUUCAGAAUGUACACAGAGAGUGAGGGGCUGCGUCGCGGCCUGGUCGGCUGGGUGAAGAACACCUGCAGUGGGACGGUGGUGGGUCAAGUUCAAGGUCCAGCCGAGAAGGUGGAGGACAUGAAGGUGUGGCUCAGUAAAGAAGGAAGUCCGUCCAGUCGUAUCACCAGAGCUUCCUUCACCAACCAGAGAAACAUCGACAAACUGGAACUGUCGGGGUUUAAAACUCGUUUCUGAACUAAAGAAUCAAACUCAUCCUGAAGAUCUGAAGAUCUGAAGAUCUGAAGAUCUGAAGAUCUGAACAUCUGAACAUCUGUAGAUCUGUAGAUCUGUAG